CUGGCUGCCUCUCAACUGCUGGUACAACUGACCUUCCUGCCCGUAACCCUGGCUACCCCUUCCAUUGGCGACUACUUCGGUGUUGACGUGGAUGAUGCCGCCUGGACGGUGAUCAUCCGCCUGUUGAUGCUGGGCAGCACCGUGUUCCUCACCUCCCGGCUGGGGGAGAAGUACGGACACGUCCGAAUCUUCUUCAUCGGAAUCUGCGUCCUGACCGCCUCCAACCUGCUGGCGACCACGUCCCAAAGCCUGUGGCAGCUUAUCCUCUGGUGCGGCAUGGGCGGCUUCGGCGGCGCCCUCAUAAUUGCCAACUCCAACGCCAUCAUUGCCAUGGUGUACGAACCCAACGAGCGGGGCCGCGCCUUUGCCGUGCCCGUCACCGCUUCCCGCUUCGGCACCCUGAUUGGCUUGCUUCUCUUCGGCCUGUUCCUGGAAUACAUCAGCUGGCGGCUGGUUUACAUGUCGGCCCUGGUGGUGGGCAUAGUGGCCAUCUGGUUCGCCCUGCCCGUGCUGAAGUACCAGAGCUACCAGUGGGUGCAGUCCGGCGGCGAACGGGCCAAGGUAAAGAUCGACUACCUUGCGGCGGCGGUGUUGGUGGCCGUACUGGGGACGUUCAUCCUGUCUGGCUCCCACCUCCACGACGGGGCAGAGUCAUUCACGACGCCCCAGGCCCUGGGCUACCACUUGCCAAUGCACAUUCUCAGCCUGGCCCUGGCCGGACUGUUCAUCGUGCUGCAGAUGCGCAGCAUGACCCCCUUCCUGGACUUCCGGUACUUCAAGCGCAAGUACUUCUCCAUGGCCCUGUUCAGCAACACCACCUGCCACAUGUCCAUGCUGGUCAUCUUCACCCUGGUGCCCAUUGUGGUGGAAGAUGGUCUGGGCUACAGCCCCCUGGUGGUAAUGCUGGUCCUGCUGCCCCACCAGACCUUUGGACUGUGGCUGCCGGCCAUCGCCGGUUAUAUCUAUGACAAAUACAACCCCCGCUGGAUGGGGCCCAUGUCACUGUUUUUGAUUGCCUCCGGCGUGGCGUUGCUGGGCCUGUUUGCCAACCAGGUGCCAAUUUGGGGUGUUCCCAUUCUGCUGCUGCCCGCGUCGGUCGGUACCGCCCUGUUCAUAUCCCCCUACAACGCGGUGGUGAUGAACACCCUGCCGGAUAACCGCAGCUUUGCCUCCGGGAUGCUGGAGACGACCCGCCAGAUGGGGCAUACCGUGGGCAGUACCAUUGGCGCCACCAUCCUGGGUCUGAGCCUGCCGGUGGCCGCCGAGUUCAUGACCUCCGCCGAGGCCCGCCCCUACUACCAGCAGGGGUUCCAGAUUGCCGCGCUUUCCGUGGUAUGGAUCAUUGUUGCCGGGGGCAUCGUGUCAGUUUUCCAGCGGGUGCCGGCGGUAAUGCGCCAGCGGGAGCCUGAACUGGCGCCGCAACCCGGGGCCGAUGAUUAG